AUGUUGUUUUCUCUUUCACUGCUCUUUGUUUUCCACUUUUGGUGUGCCACGGCAAUUGAAGCUAUGCCGGACGGUAAGUCUUUGCGUCUGAAAACUGAGAGCAAAACGUUUUAGCAACCAACAAAUAAGUACAUAUUAGGUUUGGCUUGCGAGAUCAAUUAUACAGGGUGUUUCAAGAAAUUUGGCAGAAACUAGUUGCAAAUAUUUUUGGGCUCUUGCUAGUUAUCGCAGAAAUUCUUUUUGUUUCUAAAACUUGACAGCGGGCGGUUUUGUACUGAACAAAAAAAAAAAUUUUUCGUCGGCGGAGAGGCCAGUUCUCGGCGGAGACAUUUGGGGCCUUUUUUAAAAAUCACACCUUAUUACAUGGCGGAAACUCUGUUACAGUGGCCGAAAUCAUGUUUACGUUACACCUCCGUGGAUUUUACGGUAUGCUUUUUUUGCGUUUUCGAUUUUACGCAACAUCCGCGGAGGCGCGGCGGAGACCUCAGAUUUCGGCGGACUUUGUUUUGGGCCCUCGGUUUUUGCAAAUCCAUGUUGGAAAAAAGGUUGGGGCGAUUUUUUGUUGUCAUCCGAUGCACAGAUGGCAAAAAUUUUGUACUUUUUCCCCCCGGCGGAGGAUUCGGCGGAGGCUUUAUCAAAAGGGUCAAAACAAAAGUUUGACUCUUUUGAUAAAGCCUCCGCCGAAUCCUCCGCCGAUGUGUCCGCCGGACCAAAAAAUAAGAAAAAUGAUGUUGCUGUGAUGGAUUCUUGUAGCUGAGUUUUUUCCCGGACUCCUAAGACUGUUCUGACCCUUUGAUAAAGCCUCCGCCGAAUCCUCCGCCGGGGAAAAAAGUGCGAAAUUUUUGCAUCUGUGCAUCGGAUGACAACAAAAAAUCACCCCACACUUUUUUCCAACCCGAAUUGAAUGAUCCAAAGAGUCAAAACGACGUCCGCCGAAACCUGAGGUCUCCGCCGUGCCUCCGCGGAUGAGCGAAAAUCGAAAACAAAAAAAGCAUACCGCAAAAUCCACGGAGAUUUAACGUAAAUAUGAUUUUGGCCACUGUAACAGAGUUUCCACGAUGUAAUAAGGUGUGAUUUUUAAAAAAGGCCCCAAAUGCCUCCGCCGAGAACUGGCCUCUCCGCCGACGAAAAAAAUUUUUUUUUGUUCAGUACAAAACCGCCCGCUGUCAAGUUUUAGAAACAAAAAGAAUUUCUGCGAUAACUAGCAAGAGCUCAAAAAUAUUCGCAACUAGUUUCUGCCAAAUUUCUUGAAACACCCUGUAUUUCCAGCCCCUUUUGAUACGGGGAUCAUCAAGCGGCGACCUAUUUCGGCCGUUCUCUCGGAGACAAUCAACGAUUUGAUGCCUAAGACUCGGCUUCCUGGUUCUAUGGCUAAAACAACCCAUCUGAACCAAAAUAUGGCCAGGGAAUUGAUGAAGGAAGCCAUGAGGAGGCUUUAUAAACAACAACAUGACGAAGAUCCUUCACUUCCCUUGGAGGAUUUCCUUGUUGAUUUCAUCUUCCAGAUGCAAGAUGAGGUGGAAAAGAGAUGCCCAGGUGAGUGAUUGUGAACAUUACAAAAGUCAUGAAAAUUUCAGCUUGUCCAGUGCCAGACUACAGUCCCUUACAACAAAUGGAGGCAAGUGUCGUUCGAGCGGAGCUGAAGGACAUCAAAGCUCAUCCCGAGAAGUUCUGCAGAGGAGUCAACACGAAGCUUGAUCCACACAAGGAAAAGCAGGUUCAUCCGAUUGAAGCUUUCAAACUCCAUCCGUUCCUUUUCUCAGAUGGUAAGAGAAAUCCGGACGACUUGGAGAUUGAUAAUAUUUGGGGAUCGACUUUAUAUGUGGACUACUUAAUUUUAAGGCUUGUUGUUUUAUCGUUUCGAACGGUCAACCCGCCAAAAGCAGUCCAAACACCUCGCAGAUGACAGGAGAAAAUUUUGAGCUUUACAGGGCCAAGUUUUACCAAAUGAGAACCAAAAUUGUUCGUUUCAGAAGCCCUCCAAGUCGGGGACGGAGCCAAGAUUGAGAAGCCAAACUCGGACGUAAUCUCAUGGCUAGAUGAUGUAAUGAAGACGAAGAAUAUCAAGCCCAAAUACGUUCAUCUAAAAGGAUCCUCAGAGUUUGUGCGAAGAGGUUUGGACACGCUCUUCCCAGUGAAUGAAGUAGAAACGAUGAAAAGGACACACGGCGAGAACCACAGAAGCCUCAAGGACAUGAUCAGAGAAGACGGAGUUGAUCUGGAUUAUUUGGAGAGAAAAUAUGGCACUCAAGCCAUCGAUGUUCAAGGCAAUUUGCUCAACCAUUAUGUUCCUUAUUGA